AUGGUUUAUGUAAAUUUGAAACCCAGCUCGUUCCACUCGAGAGAUUACAGUUCCGCCGGCUCGUUAUACACUAUUAUAUUAUCUAUUCUACAAUUUAAACGAUCAGCCAGACUGCGCCGUAUCGAUUUUCAAAAUCCACUUAAACUUUCUUUGCAUUUAAAAAUAUUGGAUAAAGUUGAAGAAUCUCUAAUAGAAAAGGGCUUCCUUUCCUGGCCCGUUGUGUACUUUGCAAUCUCCAGUAAAAAGCAAACCAACCGACUUAAAGCAAUUGUUCUUUGCUAUAAAGGAAAAGUCACCGACCGACCAGAACAGGCUACUCACAUUGUCACUUGUAUCCCUCCUUAUGAACCCGAUGACGAUUGGCUUAGAGUUACUAGGAAGCUCGACAGUCAAAGAGUGCUUGUUCACUGGUGGUACCUCCCGGAUAGCUAUGACAGUAUUCUCGGAUUGGAUGAAGUGGGUGAUCCUGAUUUGCUUGAUGCGUCAGAGUCGCGUCCUAUUGGGCCGUGGAAGGUGAAUGGAAGGUUCAUUACGGAUCUUGAGGUCUUCCACGAGUGGAUGAACGAAAAAGAUUAUGAAGUUACGGACGACAUUAAUGAAGUCGAGCAGGUCGAAGCGAGUAUCCCCCAAAAAGAACAACUUCAAGAAUUUUCGGGAUUUUACGCAAAUGACGUUGAUAUAUAUAAAUAUUUGGGAAAUUAUAAGGAAAAUAUCAUCAAAAAGCCUUGUAUUCAAGAGAUUAACAUAACCAAUGAAGUGAUUAUUUAUAGUACUUCCAUUGAAACUUUUUAA